GUUUUCUGACUUUUCCGAAUGGUCGCAGUACACGUGUUUUUCUUCCAUGUGUUUUAGAGAAAUAUUGUUAAAAUAUUAUUUCUUGUUAGAAAUAAUAAAUGUCUUUAUUUCCCGGUUGUUUGUGAACAAAACUCUGUGAAAAGUGCGUUUCAUUAAGUAUUUAAUAAGAAACUUAAUACUUCUGUGUCUGUGUUUCCUGCAGUGUUUCCAGAAUGGAGAAGACAGAUGAAAUUUCAGGAUUUGCGAAUCCUGAUGAUUUUGAGGAUGAUAAUGAGGUGGUUAAUACGAAGAAAAAGGUCGGAAAAAAGUCUGGAGGUUUUCAAGGUAUGGGCCUCAGUCAAUCAGUUUUGAACGGAAUUUUAAAACGAGGUUAUAAAAUUCCAACACCGAUUCAACGAAAGACAAUCCCAUUGGCCCUGGAGGGUCGAGACGUUGUGGCGAUGGCAAGAACUGGAAGUGGAAAAACAGCCUGCUUUUUGAUUCCACUUUUUGAGAAAUUGAAAAUUCGUCAAGCGAAAAGUGGCGCGCGGGCUUUAAUUUUGUCGCCAACUCGAGAAUUAGCCCUGCAAACUUUGAGAUUUAUAAAAGAAAUUGGCAAAUUUACUGGAUUGAAAGCGGCAGUUGUUUUGGGUGGUGACAGUAUGGACAAUCAAUUUUCGGCAAUUCAUGGCAAUCCCGACGUCAUUGUCGCUACUCCCGGUCGAUUUUUACACAUUUGCGUUGAGAUGGAGCUAAAUCUCAAAAGCAUUUCCUACGUUGUUUUCGACGAGGCUGAUCGAUUAUUCGAGAUGGGUUUUGGAGAACAAAUUCACGAAAUAGCAAAUAGACUGCCUCAGAAUCGGCAGACACUUUUGUUUUCUGCAACUCUACCAAAAGUACUGGUUGAAUUUGCAAAAGCUGGCUUGGGAGAUCCAGUUCUCUUGCGUCUCGAUGUCGAGAGCAAACUGCCGGAGGAAUUGACACUUUCUUUCGUUACUUGUCGCCCUGAGGAAAAAUUAGCCGUUCUUCUUUGUCUUUUGAAAAAUGUCAUUAAACCGGAUUCGCAAACUGUGAUUUUUGCCGCUACGAUGCAUCAUGUCGACUACAUUCAUCAGAUUUUAAACAAAGCGAAUAUUUCCAACACCUUCAUUUAUUCGAAUCUUGAUCCCUCGGCUCGGAAAAUUAAUGCGGCAAAGUUUCAAACUGGAAAAGUAAAAGUUUUGGUUGUAACAGAUGUUGCAGCGAGAGGAAUCGACAUCCCCCAUUUGGAUUAUGUUAUAAACUUUCAUUUUCCUGAUAAGAGCAAAGUCUUCGUUCACAGGGUUGGACGUUGCGCUCGAGCAGGAAGGAGCGGAACUGCUUACAAUAUAAUUUGUCCUGAUGAAUACUCUUAUCUUUUGGAUUUGCAUCUCUUCCUGGGACGUCCAUUUCAUAUUGUUCCGAAUGUAGGAAGUGAAGAAGUUCCCGAAGGAGCUGUGGGGAAAAUGCCACAAGCAAUGAUUGAGGAAGAAAUUGCUGAACUUAUUAAUUGGCACCAUGUCACUACGGAUCUUGAAAAUAUGGAGAACGUUUGCAAUAACGCUUAUCAACAGUAUUUGCGAUCCAGGCCUGCCGCUUCCUCCGAAAGUUCGAAACGCGUCAAGAACCUCAAUAUCAUUGAAGCGGGAAUUAGUCCUGAAUUUUGUGAUAUAAAGACAAGAGAAGCGGAAAAUUCACUAUCGGACAUUUUAUCUCGGAUGAAGAAUUACAGACCUCCCGGUACCGUGUUCGAAAUAUGCAGCAGGAAUACAGCAACUGAUUACAAAGUUAUGAAAACUAAACGCGCUUUUCAUAAGGAAAGUAUUCGGGAUUUCCAUCGAAAAAAAGAAGAGAGGGAAAACGACGCUUUGAAAUGUGUUGGAAAAUCAUCGGAAAAAUUAACACUCCCAUCAAGCAGUGCCGAUGAAAUAAAAGCCACUUUCAAUGAAGUGAUUACUCCGAAGAAAAGAAAAUUAGACGAUCUCUAUAAACCUUCGAAAAAGAAACAGAAAGUAACACGGGACGAUGAAUUUUACAUUCCGUACAGUGCUCCCGAUAAACACACAGAAGACGGAUUGGCUGUUAAUGUGUUCGCGAAGGAUGCCGAAAGAAUGCAAUUAGAUUUGACGGCGGACAGUGAAGAAUCAAGAAGGUUACAAACACAAAUAAAAAAAUGGGACCGUAAAAAGAAGAAGAUGGUGACGAUAAACAAUAAUUCCAAAGUUGGAAAAAUACGAUCCGAAUCUGGAGCUUGGAUUCCUGCCUCCUAUAAAACAAAUCGUUACUCACAAUGGAAGGAAAAGAGCAAAGUUGCCUCUUUGAAUGACUACAAUGACGAUGAAGAUGAAUCGCCUCAAAUGCAAAAAUUGAAAACCAGAGCGAAUACACAUUGGGCUCGGCAUAAUCAGAAAAUGAAGGAUAAGGUCAAGGUCAGAGGUGAACUGAAGAAACCAGAACAAAUUUUGAAGGCUCGCAAACUACUCGAAAGGAAGCAAAAUAGAAAUGGCAAGAAAAAGGGAAAAGGCAGGAAGAGUGGACAGAAAAAAGGAGGAAGACGAUAAAUUUGGAAAGGGAUCACUGGCGGUAACUAAAUUCAUUUUUCGAUCGACUCAAAAUUCUGUAAAUACUUUUAUCGAUAAGGGUAGAUCAGCAAAAACGGUAAGUGAGUCGUUUUAAAGUUCUUGAACGCGCGAUGCAGGCGGACAUAACGUUAUGGAGUCAACAGAAAGUUAAAGAAAAUAUUGAAACUGUAUUUCAAUAGCUAAGUAUGAAUAAACGAACGUUUAUUUAUA